AUGUCUCAAUCUGGAGACAAUUCUCCAAACUCCAAUGAUCCUGAUGCGAUGGCUGCGCAAUUGCUAGCGCAGUUCCAGAGAUCAUCCUCUCAGACGACCCCCGCCAUUCCACCUAAGGGUUCCGAAAAUGCCCUUCAGCCAGUGCCACAGAUCACUGGAAACUCAGAAGAAUCAACAAUGUCUUUUGAGAUCAUUGUCCCAGUGGUUAAUAACCCUGAGGACUAUGAAUAUUUGCCUGGUCACUUCGAGGUUCAUCGCGUUCUUGCAGUCGAUAUGCAUGAGCCAAAGCUCAUUGUGAGACUCAAAAGUGGUGAACGUCAAACCAUGACCCUCCAAGAAUUGAAAAUCCUCAAGAACGGACCGCGAGCUUUACGUGAAUUCAACCGUGACUCACAGAGCCCUGAUCCCCUGGCAAUGGACCACGAACCCAUUUCACGUCUCAUGUACGCGAGUGGAGAUGGCUCAGCAGACUAUGAUUCAGAUAUGGAUUGGGGACUUGCACGAAGGCGCCAACGGCGUGGGCCGUCCAUCUCAUACGAUCAUUUCUUUCGGACUGACGAUGAAGACGAAAUCGACCACUAUGAAACCCACAUUAGAGAUACCAGCAGCGUGGAUUCUGAAGACUCAGAGGAGUCCAGUGAUGAGGAGGACGAUGAUCGUCCAACUAAACGUCGCCACCUAAGAAGAGGUGUACAGAAGAAACGCCGGAAUCAACGUAUUCGCGAAUGGUCUGAAGAGUAUUCUGUCUACACAGGCAAACGGGCAUCGUCUCGCCUGCGGCAGACUCGUCGACGCGACAUGAAAGAGAAAUUUGAGGAUGACGAAUAUUCGGAGCGCGAAGUUGAGCAGCCUAAGCAAAAGUUUUCGGGUGCCAGGGAGCAGUUCCGUGAACUACCAUAUGACAAUGACUUCAGACUGUGCCACUCCCAGUCAUGUGCCCAAUGCGGCUAUAAAGAUCAUGACAACCAAAAAGGGUCUUUGGUAUACUGUCAAGGUUGUACAGUAUCGUACCAUCAAGGUUGUCUUGGCGAUCGAAGCAGGCGAAAGCAUUUGGUCACUAAGGUUGACGAGGGAGAUUUUAUUCUUCAAUGCAGUUGGUGUUUGGGGAUCAAGCACCAAGAGCAUGAUAUCAAGCCUCAUUUGGGCCAUUGCGUUGACUGUAGAGACGCAGGGCCCAUGUCACAGCCUUUGCGAGAGUCUCUUUCUCCUCAAACGGAACAACAAUUGCGAGAAGCCAAUGAUGGCAUAGACCCAGUAACCCACAUGGAUAUGUCUCGUGUCAACAAUAUUGACAAUGUCCUCAUCAGAUGCCUUGGUGGUGGUCAUGCUUGCAAGCGAGCUUUCCACAUCCAUCAUCUUUCACACGAGGAACUCGCCGACAUUGAUCUUGAUUCCUGGCAAUGCAAGGAUUGCUCUGAAUCUCCCCCUGGGGCCAACCCAAUCCACAUGGUCGUUGCUUGGAGACCAAAGAAUCCCGAAGUCAAAGUCGUCCCGCAGUUGGUCGAAAUGAUCCCAGAGAUUGAUAAAGAAUAUCUUAUCAAAUGGAACAAUAUGUCCUACUUCCGUGUCACCUGGAUGACUGGAGACUGGGUCUGGUCUAAGGCUCCAGCCAACCAGAUGAAGGCGUUCCUCAAGUCAGACAGAUCCACAAAACCAGCCAUGACAACGGCCGAGGCUGUUCCCGAAGACAAUAUGCGGGUGGACAUCGUGUUUGAUGUGGAAUAUCACACCAAGCCCAAAUCCCAAAAUGAUCGGGCAAACGGCGAUCUGGUUAAGCGGGCGUAUGUCAAGUACAAAGGGCUGCCCUACGAAGACGCAGUCUGGGAAGAUCCCCCAAGUCAAACCGACACAGCUCGCUGGGAGGAUUUCCAGAUUGCUCUUAUCGACAGGGUGCUCGGAGAAAAUAUCCACCCUCCGAGGGCAAAGGAUCUUCAGAGGCGUCUCAGUGCUGCCCGCGAAGAAGAGUUCGACGAGAGCCUUAUGUUGACGGCUCAGCCUGCCUUGGUAACCGGAGGUGAGCUCAUGGAGUAUCAGAUGGAUGGUGUGAACUGGUUGCUUUACAUGUUUUUCCAACGAAAGAACGCCAUUCUUGCUGACGAUAUGGGCCUCGGAAAGACAAUCCAAGUCAUCACCAUGAUCUCUGCAUUAAUCGAAAAACUGGAUUGUUUCCCAUUCUUGGUCGUUGUUCCGAAUGCGACUGUGCCAAAUUGGCGCCGAGAGAUCAAGAGCUGGUCGCCGGACGUCCGGGUUGUCACAUAUUAUGGCAGUGCCUUGGCUCGGGAGAUGGCCAGUAAGCAUGAGAUGUUUCACCAGAACGGUACUCUAAGUUGUCAUGUGGUCAUUGCUUCGUAUGAAAGCAUGGCUGAUGAUGGGGCCAAGCAAGUCUUGUCCGGUAUCAAUUGGGCUGGCUUGGUGGUUGAUGAAGGUCAGCGCCUCAAGAACGACAAGACACAGCUCUACGAGCGCCUUCGUCGCAUGAAAUUCGGCUUCAAGUUGUUGCUCACUGGCACACCCCUUCAAAAUAAUAUCAGAGAACUGUUCAACCUGGUCCAAUUCAUUGACCCAGCUUACAAUGCCGCGAAAUUGGAGAACCAAUACGGGGGAUACCUCAGUAAUGAACAAAUUAGCGAGCUCCAUGAUAUGAUUCGGCCAUGUCUCUUGCGUCGAACGAAGGCAGAGGUUCUGCCAUUCCUCCCUCCGAUGGUGCAAAUCAUCAUCCCGAUUUCGAUGUCCGUUGUGCAGAAGAAGCUGUACAAAUCAAUUCUAAAAAAGAACCCACAGCUUAUCAAAGCCAUUUGCAAGAAACAAACUGGGCAGUGGAAGAAAGCAGAGCGACAUAACCUAAACAAUAUCUUGAUGCAGCUGCGGAAGUGUCUUUGCCACCCGUUCAUUUACAAUCGGGACAUUGAAGAGCAAACUCUGGACUCUCAGCUUUCUCAUCGGCGUUUGGUCGAAGCAUCCGGGAAGCUUCAGUUGCUGAACUUGAUGCUACCCCGACUUCGAGAGCGUGGACACCGAGUCCUCAUCUUUAGUCAAUUUUUAGAGAACCUCACCAUUGUUGAAGACUUCCUCACUGGGCUGGGGCUCCAGUACUGUCGCUUGGAUGGAAAGUUGUCCUCAAGAGAGAAACAGCAGCAGAUCGACCAGUUCAACGCGCCGGAUUCUUCAUUCUUUGCCUUCCUGCUUUCGACGCGAUCGGGUGGUGUUGGAAUCAACCUCGCCACUGCGGAUACAGUCAUAAUCAUGGAUCCGGAUUUCAAUCCAAAGCAGGAUAUGCAGGCUCUGUCGCGUGCUCAUCGAAUCGGGCAAAAAAAUACAGUUCUUGUUUUCCACCUGGUAGUGCGCGCGUCAGUGGAAGAAAAGAUCAUGCAAAAGGGUAAGACCAAGAUGGCGCUGGACCAUGUACUUAUCGAUCGUAUCGAGGCCGGCCAAGAUGAAGAAGACUUGGAGUCAAUCCUCAAGCAUGGUGCCCAAGCACUGUUCAAUAACGAUGACUCGGCGGACAUUAAAUACGAUAGCCAGUCGAUUGACAAGUUGUUGGAUCGUAGCCAAGCCGAACAGGCUCAGCAAAUGACCAACGAGGAAAGUUCAACCCCGAAUGAGCAGGGGCAGUUCAACUUUGCACGGGUGUGGCAAAAGGAUCGCGGUAGCCUCGAAGAGGUGACCGAGACGGAAGACACGCCUAUUGACCUGACGGCGUGGGAGAAGAUCCUGCAGGAGCGGGAACGUGAAGCGCAAGAGGAGGCCAGCCGCCAAGCCGAAGGUCUUGGUCGCGGUAAACGAAAGCGUGGUACACCCCGCUACAGUACCGUCAUCGACGGAGUCGACGAUGAUGAGAACCCUAGUCCCGUCCGAAAGCCGCUCACCAAGAUGCGAAAGAGUACGGAUGAUAACGACUAUGAGUUCCAACAGCCAGAUUAUGGCGACGAGAGUGAGUCUGACGUUGUGCCUGAGCCAAUGGACGUUGCGGAAGAUGGCAACACGACUCUGUUUCAUCCUGCGGUUGGUCCAAGUGCAACUCCAGAUGCUGCUGUUCCUGCACAAACGGCGAACGCAGAACAGCAAGCUGCCGCACACACAUUCCGCCGCGUUGAGUUUCCCCGCCCGCCAUCACUGGGUACUGACGGCGCCCAAGAUGAUUUCCCAUCUUCAAAGUGUGUGGCGUGCCAGCACCGCCACCGCCCGGGGCGCUGCUCGCUCCGCUACGCCGGUGUCGAGUUCUGUGGUCUGUGUGGCCUGGCGCACUGGGGCGGCCGCCGGGCCUGCCCUCACCUGCAAUCAACAGUGCAGGUCACCCGCAUGUUGGAGGCUCUGGAGAAGAGCGUGGAGGCCCCCGCCCUCAUCCUGGAGGCAAAAAGAUAUCUCCAGGGUAUCCGAAAGUCCGUGGCGCGCUCUGAGCGCGAACGCAAGAAGGCCUCUCUUGCGGCUUCGGCGGGACCUCAGGUUCCUCUCACCUUGCCCUCACUGGGUGGGGUGAGCACCGCCCCUGUCAUUGAUUUGACAGAGGCGGGUGCUGAGUCGUAA